CACAAUGCUGAUCCAGGGACUUCAGCCCUUCAGCUUGACUAGGGUAGGAUUUGGCGCUAUCUUCAGCCUUAUAAGAGAUCGUUUCCCUCGCUUCCACAGGCGUUGCAUCUUGGCUUGACUAACAACUCACACCAUGGAUCCGUCAGUGGUGGUCAGCGUGCAACACGGCACUGAAACGCCGCUCCCGAGACGAGCCCUUCGCAAAGGCACCAAAAGCUGUGCGGAAUGCAAGCGACGGAAAACCCGCUGCUUCUUUGAGCGCCCUACAGACGUAGCUUGUGCCACCUGCCAGCGGCGUGGAAUGCCCUGCUUUGGCCAGGAGUACAUGGAUGUCCCUGUGCCGAGCUUUGGCGGCGAGCAUACUAUUGUCGAGAGGCUUAAGAGGGCCGAGCUUAUUCUCGACACGAUCUCCAAGGAUAUUACGCCCGACGGGCGAGCGUCGCAGUCGGCUGGAUCUGGGAGUCAGUCUGGCUUGUCUCAGGCAUCGUCGCAAGAUAGAAAUGCAGACCGCAGCCCGGAUCAGAGCCGACAGGGCAGUGAGGGUAGUCAGCUUGGCCCCUGGUCUGAUACGGGAGAGACUGCCGUGGAGGAGCCAGAUCCUGGUCUUUACGAUUACCCACCAUCCAGAUAUGCCGAGCUGUGCAGCGCGCUCCAUGUGCACUUGCCGUGCCAGGAGGACGUCAAUAUUCUCUUCGGGACCGGCCGGGCAAUCGUCUUUGUCCAGGCCAUUUGCAACCAUUACGGAGAAUUGUUUCAUCAAGGGAAUUUCCGACCUCUUUCAUCCAUGGCCACGCUUCCCCCGGUUACUGCCCAUCCGGUAGUCAUUGCGAGGAAGUUACUGCAGCUCGCUCUGUGCCUACAGCAACUUGAUCCGUCGUUCGACCAAAGCGCGCUCCACCUCGACGGGAGUAUCAAAGACACCAUGCUCAUGUACUUUAAUCUCGCCACGAGCAAGGUGACCUGUCGCGAGGAGCUUCUCGACUCAAUCGAAGGACUCGAGUGUCUGGUAUACGAAGGGGUCUUUCUUGUCAACUCUGGAAACAUCCGUCGCGCCUUGGGAUGUCUUCGCCGGGCUUCGACCCUCGCUCAGUUCAUGGGCUUGCAUCGCACAGUCCCGUACAAGAACAUGAAGCAAUACGAUUCGGGCACCCAUGUCUCCAGCGCGGUGGUCUGGGCACAUAUCACGUUCCUUGAGCGCUACAUGUCUCUGCUUCUCGGAAUGCCGACUGCAAUUGCGAGGAUCCGCAUCGGCUCCGACGAGCCUCUCCCCGGAGACACGAGCCUCGACUGGUUUGAAAAGGUGCAGACCGACAUGUUUGAGCGGAUGAUCGAGCGAAACCAAGAGGGCAACUACCAGGAUCUCGCAGCGACGCAGCAGAUCGAUUUAGAGCUCAACAAGAUGGCCAACAGCGUGCCGUCCAAGUGGUGGGCUCCCCUCGACCUGACCCAGGGGAUGGACAACAAGACCUUGAUGGAGAAGAUUAUCGGAGCGCACUUGCAGAUCGUCCACUACAACCUGCUCUCCGUGCUGCAUCUGCCGUAUCUCCUGUGGGAUACCGAGGAUACCAGGUUCGAAUACAGCAAGGCAACCUGCAUCUACGCCAGUAGAGAAGUGCUCAACCGGUUCAUCACGUUCCGCUCCAUUGUCAAGCUGGUCACCUGCUGCCGUCCAGUCGACUUCUGCGCCUUUACUGCUGCCUUGACGCUAUUGCUUACGUAUCUCAACAACCACAAGAAGAAGUCGGGAAUGCUCGCCCACCAGCGCAUGGGUGACCGGGCCCUGAUAGAAUCGACCGUGGAGAUGAUGGAAGAGCUCAACAAGCUCAACAACGACGAGCUCUCUCGCCGGUCGGCGGAGCUGGUGAGGAAACUGCUAGACUUGGAGGCCGACUGUGCGCGAGGAGGACAAACCUACAAUAGUAGCGUCGAAGAGAACCAGGACGAGACCGUGGCUAAUGGGGAGCAUUGCUUCCAUCUCAAGAUUCCCUACUUUGGGACCGUCAAGCUUGCAUGUGAUGCGCCUGUUAUGCAAUACCCUGAUCUGGCGCCCGCGCCUGUUGCUCCUUCUUUCAACCAGUACUCCACCUGGUCCAACGGCGGCCUAUCGGUGGUGGAGCAGCCUAUGCACGUACCUCACCUGGCCGUCCCCAAUGAGCAAAUCCCCUUUGGCGCAUUUGGAGGCGCAGGAUUUGAUCUGGAGAUGCCGGACCUGCUAGCGAGUGCCGAGGACUGGGCUUUUCAGGGGGUCGACUCUGCAUUCUUUGAUGCUGUCAUGAGUGGGAUUCCACCGAGUACUGCCCACGUUACCGAAAGCCAGAAUUGGGGUGGAUACACUUCUUCUAUCUAAGACUAUUUCCAGCGAGACGAAUAAUGAGACUAGGU